ACCUCGUUCCAUCUAUUGUUCUGCAGCAAUGGGUUCAAUUUCAGCUUUCUCAGUCUGCUCCAAAAUUGAACUUCCCGGACCCAAAUUCUCAGGCUACAAUGUCCGGCCAUCGCCUAAAUUUCGAUUCACCAUGUUUCGGAAGAAUUACAACCCAACUUCCAAAAGCUUGAUUCAUUCAAUUUCGAAACAUUUCAAUUCCCACAUUCACGAUGCUCCCUUCUCAAACCUCUCCGAGUCCGACAAACGUUGUUUUCCUGCACUCCAGAGGAAUUCAUCCAACUAUUUCGUUGAAAAACUUGUGGGUUUUCUUGUUUGGUUAUUUAUCUUCAUGGGUUGUUUCAAUGUAAGACAUGUCGUUGCAUUACCUGCUCAGACAAGCGGCAAAAGCCCAACAAUGGAUGAGGAUAGUGAAGAGGAGAUGAGAGAGAGGAUCUUGGAGCAUGAUUCAAGGAAUAUUGAUACUCUGAAAGCUGUUUUGUAUGGGAAAAUGAGUAGCGGAAAGACAGAGGAGGCUAUUAAGUAUGUUCUGAGGCUGAUUGAUCUUGAGCCGGAUGAGGUUGAAUGGAGGCUUUUGUUGGCUCUUUGUUACGAGAAAAUGGGAGAGCUGGAAAUGGCUAAAGGAUUGUUCGUGGAAAUUUUGGAGAAGAACCCUCUCUUGGUUAGAGCUCUGCAUGGUCUGGCAUUAGUGAUGCAUAAGAACAACGAAGGUCAAUCUGUGUUUGAGAUGCUCAAUAAGGCUCUUGAUAUUGCUCGUGAUCACAAAAAGGUUACCGAGCAGAGAAGCAUUGGGAUACUAAUUGCUCAAAUGCAUGUUGUGAAGGGAGAACUGGAGGAGGGCUUGAAGAAGUUUCAAGAACUUGUUGAGGAGAAUCCUCGGGAUUUUCGACCCUAUCUUUGCCAGUUCUUGCAGGGAAUUAUAUACAGUCUACUGGACAGAAAAGAGGAAGCUGCAGAGCAGUUCGAGACGUAUCGGGCUCUUGUGCCUGAUGAGUUUCCUCAAAGGGAGUUUAUGGACGAUGUCAUGUUGUCAGCUACAACUGCAACACGGGAACAGUUCCAGAAGGAAUUUGAUGCUGAAUUUUCAUACAAGAAGUGAACCAAACAAGAGAAGGGCACUCUGCCUAUCAGUUUGGGAGUGUUCUUGAAUGUGAUAAUAUCAACACCAAUGCACCCGAUCUUAUUAGAAUUCUGUAGUUAAGCGUGCUUCGAGCAUCCCGGGUGGACGCUCUAAUAGUAUUUAUGUUGAGCCACUUUAAAACGUGUCGAGAGCGUGAAAUCACAGUGUAAUUGGAAAAAUACAUACUGAAAAUGGACUACUUCAAAU